AUAUAGGAUUAGGGAUAGUUUGGAAGUUGCACGGGAGUGAGUGGAAUCAACGGCAGAGGGAUCCACAGAGGGUUGGAAGGCGGUGAAUGCGCUUCUCGUGUGGUGGUGACGCUAAACAUGGCUGGUGGGCAGAGAAUGUAUUGUUGACAGUACAUUUAUUUGUUACAAACUGUGAUUAUCCAGUCCUUCUGCUGUAUUGGUUGCUGUGAAAAUAUUGCAGGUCGGAGGGAUACAUGUAGCAUCGUCUGUAAAUACCGAGCGUUUCCUGAGUAAAGUGCAAAAUGUCUGGUCCUCAAGGAAGAGUUAGAGGUCCUGGAAGGCCACCUAAGAAAACGUCUUGUACAUGGUGUGGCGAAAACAAACAACAAUUAAAGUAUGUGUUACCUACCCAACAUGGAAAGAAAGAAUUCUGUUCGGAAACAUGCCUCUCAGAAUUCCGAAAGGCAUAUAUUAAGGGUGCCUGCUUACAAUGUGACAAUGUAAUCCGAGGUUCUCCUGUCCGUUUGGAGCAACAAGAUGGUGCUACUAAAGACUUUUGCAGUACAUUCUGUUUAAAUAAACAUGCUAAAAAGGAGCAAGCUGAACAGAAGAGAGUAGCAAAUACAGACCAAAGAUCUGUUGGUUCUACUUCUGCAUCUACAGCAAUAUCUGCAUCUCCAUCUAUUAUGCAAUAUGACCAUUUCAACAGUACAUUUGAUUGGGAUUCUUAUUUAAAAGAAACGAACAGUAUUGCUGCACCUCCUGAUAUAUUCAAACAGCAUAUCAUUCCUCCAACGAAUGAGUUUAAAAUUGGUAUGAAAUUGGAAGCUCUGGAUCCCAGAAACUUAACAUCUACUUGCAUUGCAUCCGUUGUAGGAAUUUUAGGCCCUCGUCUUAGACUACGACUAGAUGGAAGUGAUAACAAGAAUGACUUCUGGAGACUAGUAGAUUCCAACGAAAUACAUCCUAUUGGACAUUGCGAGAAACAUGGAGGAAUGUUGCAACCUCCUUUAGGUAAAAGUUUGGUUGUCCAAGAAGUUAUUAUUGAUAAUUCUAUGGUGGAUUCUUCAGUGACAAUAGAUUGUGACCCAGUAGUUAGUCUGCGCUUUAGGAUGAAUGCGUCCUCAUGGCCAAUGUUUCUUCUAAAAACACUGAAUGGUGCUGAGAUGGCACCAUCUAAAGUAUUCAAAAAGGAACCGCCUACACCACGCUGUAAUUCAUUUCAAGUAGGCAUGAAAUUGGAAGCAAUUGAUAAAAAGAAUCCACUUCUUAUAUGUGCAGCUACUGUGGGAGCAGUGAAAGGAGAAAUGAUUCAUGUUACAUUUGAUGGAUGGAGAGGUGCAUUUGAUUAUUGGUGUCGCUUUGACUCUAGAGAUAUUUUUCCUGUUGGGUGGUGUGCUAAAAGUGGUCAUCCUCUACAACCUCCAGGCCAGAAAACAGCCCAUGGGUCAAGUCGAUUUAAAGCCCGUGUGUGCAACAUUCCUCCUCCAUUGGCAGGAGGAGUAGGCUCAGGUGGGGGAAAUGAGACCUCACAAUUGUCUCCAAACAGCAAUGGUACUAACAGAGGUAUAGCAGAACAUGAAGCUUCAUCUGGAACUCACAUUACUGUCACGGAACCUGAUACUUCAAGUAUGCAGAAGCAACCCUCAGCAGGUUGUGUUUUCGUGAAUCAUGGAUGUAUGUGUGGUCCUUAUCUUGAUCCGCGAAAAGUUUCUGAGUUGCCGAUGGUUUAUUCUGCUAAGAGCAUUAAUCGACUGGUGAGAGAAUGUGUGCAAGCUCUUGUGGAUGCUGCUUUGGACCAGAAACAAAUUUUUGGACUUCUAAGACAAGGAGAAGGAAGAGUUAUUAUUACUGCAUCUUUCGACAGCAAGUCAGUUGAUGUGCGAUUACCAGUCAUUGAGAAAAUGUCUGAUCUCUGGAGUUUUCUUGAAAUUCUUUUUGAAGAAUUGAUGUGUUGUGAGAAUUUUUAUACAAGUCGACCGUUAAGUGGAGGGUGCCCGAAAUGUACAAAACAUGUUCCAGUGGCCAACAUCAAAAGAGAAGAUUGUGAAGUGAGUGGAGGAAAUGGUGUUGCUACAGAAAGCAGUAACUCGGGUGUUAAACGACGUUGGUCAUCAGAAAGUUCUGAUUCUCGAAUAGGUUCUUGCACAGCUACUACCACUAGUGCAUCUAGUGCUGUUACCACUGCAACUACCUCCACUUGCAGUGGUGGUGGCAGUAGUAGCAGUAGUAGCAGCAGCAGCACCUGCAGUGGUGGUAGUAACAAUGGAGGAACUGUUAAUACUGCUACUGUUGCAAAUACCACUAGUUCUGCAACAUCAUUGCCGGCAAAACACCCUCGGAAAUCUGUCCCAGCUGAACAAGAGGCUGCUACAUCAACAACGCAUUCAGAAGCUCCUCCAAAAACUCCAGCUGAUCCUUCUGAAUGGUCUAUUGAAGAUGUUAUACAAUAUAUUGCAUUUGUUGAUCCAGUUUUGGGAGCUCAUGCAGAUCUGUUUAGGAAACAUGAGAUUGAUGGGAAGGCUUUGCUUUUACUUAAUUCUGAUAUGAUGAUGAAAUACAUGGGUCUGAAGCUUGGACCUGCUCUUAAGAUCUGCAACUUGGUGAAUAGGAUUCGUGGUCGACGGCAUCUACCAUUAUGACAGUGAGAGGCCUGGCACAGUCGAGGCACCUAGUCUACUGCAAUGUAGCUGAAAUUCAGUUGUGGUGCCUGUUGUGCCUUUGUGCUGUAAAUCUCACUGAUAAUUGUUUGCCCAGGAGUAACUUUGUUGUAGAAAUGGAGGGUAGUCUGGAUUUUUGGGGUCUGAUUGAUGUGACAUCCUGCUCAUAUAGCUAGUCCAGUGCACCAUGCACUUAAGUCACAUAUAUUAAUUCCUUGAAUCUUCCAGCUGCUAUUGCUAUAUAGCAAGGUUGUGGUGACACAAAUGACUGAAAGAAGCAUUUCCUGGUUGGCUGUGGUACUGAUUUUGAGCAGAUUAAGUAGUUGGAACAGUUGAGUGAACAUUUUCAUCACACCUAUGUGAGGUGAAGAUAGAACAUUUUUGAUAUUUCUGACUAUUAAAUUAUGUACAAAAUGUUAUAGAAUCCUUCCAGAACACCCUAAACAAACACUGACGUUUCCUAUCCAUAGUAAUUGUUCUUUCUGUUGGUAUUUCAUGAAAAAUGGACAGAUAUUAGAGCCUCAAAAUUCAAAUCAUAACAAUUUAGCGAGUCACUUUGUUUGGAUGGGAUGUUUUACUUUUUAUUUUGUCUUGAAAUCCAAACCAAUAAAACUUUGGUUUAGUUGGAUAAAUCUUGCUUUUUUUUACAUUAAAAGGGAUAAAUUUCAAAAUUCUUUAGAUAGUUUGAAAUAUUUGUAUAAUGGAGAAAUUUUCAUUAUAUCUAUUAUUAUUGAGACUUCUAGGUGGAUAUUUGUACAAUCUAGUGGCGGGCCAUUAGAUGUGAAUGACUUCAGCAUAGAGUAUUGCAACUGAACUAUGAUUUCUCAAAAGAACAGAAAUUUUCAGUCUCUAAGUCAUGGAAGAAAUGUUUUGAAAGUAAAUAGGUAUGGACUUGUAGGAUCUCUAGCAAUCUAUCUGUGAAGGGUAAAUUGUCCUUGUAAACAUUGAUUUUUGUUUGAAAUGUGUGAAUAUCAACAGAGCAUGAAGUUAUUUUAAUUUUGCAGUUUUGAAAGCAAGAAAUCUCAGGUAAUUUAGAGAAGACUUUAUUGUAUUUCUUCAGUGCUAUAUAUUGUUUGCAUUUAUUUCUCUAUCACAAGUAAUAUCUUGAUCAGUUGUUAAGUUGUGUUGUCAAUUCCUUCCAACUGACCAUUAUUUAUGUUUUACUAUUACAACAAAAGUUAUGUUUGUAAUUGCUGUGAAAAUUGAGUGAAAUUUGUGUUGUAGAUAGAUUUGUUUUUGUGCCAUCUCGUGAAGCACUUAUAUUUCACUGAUAUUUGUCAUAUUUCUAGCCUAGAUAUGUUAAUUGUCUUCUGUACAAAAUACCUGCCUGUAUAUUUCAGGAAUUGAAAGCUAGCUAGUGUAAAUAAUGUUACCCAAGUUUGAUAAUGCUAUAAAAUCUACCUUAGCGAGUUUCCUUUUUUAUUAUUAAUAUAACAAUGAAAAUUUUGACAAAACAUCUUGAUUAUUGUAACUUUUGGUUUGAACUAAGGGUAAGGCAGGUAACCCCUAUUUGCUAGCAAUGGGAAUUCUAUGCAUAUGAGAGAAUUUUGCUUUUUGAAUGUUGCUUUUUAACUCACAAGAAUAUAGAGAAUAUGUGCACAACCUUCAGCACAAUGAAUAGCUGUUUAAAUUAUAAUAACUUAGAUGAAUUAGAAAAGUUUGGACCAUCAUAAAUCUUUGGGAACUAAUAUUUUUUUAAUAGAUAUUGUCUCAUACUUCUCAGUAUAAGUGUACAUAAUGAGUGAAUGAAUGCUUCAGGUUUUGGGCGAGUAUUGACUAGUAAUUGUGGAGAGUGGUGGUUGGCCAUUCAUUCAAUAUAAAUAUUUGGCAGUUGCUUUAAUUGCAUAAAAGCAUUGUACUUUUAGAAAUGCUUAGCAUUUCAUGGCUUUAUAAAGAGAUGAUAGAGCAGCAGUUGUUUUAUUUUUAUUUUUUCCCAUUCCAUAAUUCAGUUAUGGAAUAGUAUGUGUCAAUAGUGCCAGCAGGAUAUUUAAUUAAAUUUGCUCUUGAAGAGUGCUGAUGGUUUUGAACCUGGUAUUUCAUAUCUUUAAUAUAAAGUACCUUCAGGGCUUGUUAAGAAGGAAGAGGUUUCUGUUUCUCUUUCAAAUCAUAUUUAGUUGUCUACGUAAGAUUGAGUUUAAACCAAGGAUAUUGAACAUUCAUUUUUAAUUGACCUUUCUAUAUUUCAGUUAUGUUUUGAUAUGAUUUAAGAUACUGUAUUAUGUACAUUUGUCUUCUUUCUUUCUGUAAAUUCAUUCUCAGCCUUCCUUUUCAACUGUAGAUGUAUUUGAGAGAAUCAGCUAAGAUCUAUGUAUAUUUUCUUGUUAGAACAACGUUAUCAGAAUUUUAUGCUUUAAAUUGCAUUGUGCUGCUGUUAGAAUAAUUUCUUCUUAUUUUUAUAUUAGUCAACAUGCAGAACAAAGUAUUGAAAAUGAACUCUGCGUCAUUAUGUAUAAUAAAUAUUUUUGUCAACAUGUCAGAGAAACUAUGUUUAACAUAACUGAAUCAAUUGUGUAUAUUUCUGUUUACUGACCAGUUUUCAAAUAAUGUGAUGUUUUAACUAAUAGUAUUUGAUCAAGUAUAUUGAAGUUAUAAUGAAAUAGUUCUUUUCUGUAUUUAAUUCGUGAAGUACACAAAAAAUUACAAUGAUUCCCACUAAAAAUUUAAAUACAUAUUUU